CCUUCCCACAACCAGUCGCCCCAGUGCAAGGACAGCACAACCAGCGCGAACUUGACUGAGAAUAAUCAUGGCGUCUUCUCUUCCUCUUCUAACUUUUAUCCUUUUAACCGUGCACUUCGCCCUGACCAACUCCCAAACUUGUUCAUACUACACCGAUUUGCGCAUGAACGGGAACACGAUGCCGGGUGGAGGAUCACAACCAAGUAUCCGGGCUUGUUGCGAAACUUGUAACUCGUUUCUCGACUGUGCCGUGUGGAAUUUCCGCCCUAAUAUAAAUGGGAAUGGGACCUGCACCCUGUACAGUUAUCGGAUCAAUACGUCUUCCGAGCCGGGAACGUUUUGCGGGUUUAGAUCCGCAGAUCUAACAACUCAUACAGCAUCUCCAACGACUACGACGGCAUAUACGACAACUGAUAAUCCUACGACACCCCCAAUUGAUUCGUUUUGCCCGCCAAUGGGAAAUUAUACGUUGCCACACGAAUGGGACUGUACCCUUUAUAUUUCCUGCGUUGAAGGCGUCGGGACAGAAUUGAGCUGUGAAAAUGGAUUUUACUUUGAUUUUCCCUCCCUGCGCUGCAAACCGCAUCAAGAAGCGGAAUGCUUCCAUUCUGCCACACCACCUCCAACUGAGCCACCCAUGACAACGGACGAUCCAUCGGUUAACUGCCCACCGGAAGGGGGCGCCUUGUUGCCACAUUUAAGUGACUGUUCUAUGUACUACAUGUGCGCUGAUGGGUAUCCUAUUGAAAUGAAGUGCUCAUCAGGCCAGCUAUUUGAUCACAUACUGCUUAGAUGUCAACCGGAAGCAGUUGCAGAAUGUUACCCAGGAUCGAACUUCGAAUAUGUAUAACCGUGCAUAUUUACAUACUCAUACGUAGGUAUACAUAGGUAAUUUUCAUAUCUUCAAACUUCAUUAAAAACUUCAUUAUUUCUGAUUUAAAAAUCAAAUUAAUUCGUUGGGCGUAUGUAAUAAAUAAAUUGGCUAGAUCUUUUAGACAUAUG